UGGCCGUUUCUGUUUUUUGUUAAGCUCACUUCGACCCGUGAUUUGUAUACGCCUACCUAGGCACAGGCGCAGGUGAUUUUAGGUCACGCCCACCGCUCUAGCAUAGUUGGAAAGUAAUGUCGGGCGGCGUGGCAUGUUUUGGGCAAGAUAAAAAGAUUUUACCACACACCUAAUACAAGCAUUUUGGAUUAUGGAAAUAGAAAACAUUUGUUAGAACUUCAUGCAAAGAAGACCAUUGGAAUAAACAGAACUCUAUUUUGGAAACUUGUGUUUGUGCGUAAACUUGAAGCCGAAUCCACGUCACCCACGGCCUUUAGUUUGGAACAUUGGAAAAUGGAAAAAAGGCCGUUACAUUAAGUAAAAUCUUUCUUUCGUUUGGACAUCGAACUUGGAAGAUAUCGAAUUGAAUUGGAUUAUCUGUUGGAACGUUUCUGUUGGAUUACUGGAAUUUGGAAGCCGAAACGAGAAGACGUGAGUAACAGCUGACUGACUAACAGCUGACUCUGAAGCAACCCGCAACGUCGGGGUGGACCCGCUUGAGCUGCAGUUUAAAGACUUAAAAGAAGACAAAGCAAAGACUCUUUAGUUUGAAAACAUUCUUUGGAUUUUUGCGGAAACAAACCUAGUUGGAACAUUAUGCAGCAGGAGCAGGAAGAUUUGGGAAAGGAAAGGGAAGUUUUAAGUUUAAUUAAGAAGCGAAGUGGAAAACUCGGCGCUCUCACACGAAAGCGGAAUGAAAUUCACACUUUGAUCGAUAAUGGAGAGAAUACCACCGUCAUUGAAGAACACAUGAAAGUUUACAAUCGUUUCCUGGAGGAGUUUAUGGACGUACAAGUGGCUGUGCAAAGCUUAUUGAACGAGGACGAGAGAGAAUCUGACCACACCGACUGGUAUGAACCCAAAUUGAUAAGCUGCAGAGAAUUUAUUGAUGACAUAGAAACGUGGCUAAAACAAGACGCCUCGCAGGAUGCCGCUAAUAAUGUAAGCGCCGUGGAAAAUGUGUCUCACGCUGCAUCUCGUAAAAGCUAUGACGUAGAGCCCCACGAUAGCGUCUCACAGACCGCAAAACCCGCACGCCCCAGUAGCAAAGCAGCUGCGAGCAAGUCCUCUAGUUCAUCCUCUGCCAGUAGAAAAAGUAAAACCCUUUCAGAGAUGGCAAUUCAGGCCGAGCUGGAGCGCGUAACCCUGCUAAAGCAGGCUGACGCGUUACAAGGAAAACACGCGCUUGAACUUGAAGAAGCCCAAUUAAACGCAGUAAUGAAAGCCAAAAGAGAAACGCUGUCCGUUAAAACUAAUUUGGCCAUCGCAAAGGCGAAGUCACAGGUGUUUAAAGAACAAGAAGAAACACAAAAAUCGAAAAGUCUAGCGUCCUCUGGAGCCUCUACACCCACACAAUUCAUAUCGCCCCAAAGAGCUAUGAAACAGACAAAAAUGUCACCGGCUCCCGUUCCGUUGUCUACCGUUGGACCUACUACGUCAGUCGCCCCCCCCCAUAUAUGCAAAAAGCAAAGCAAAAACACGUCAUCUACAGCAAAGUGCAGACAGUAAUAAUGACCAACCCGAUUUAGCUGAAGCAAUGCGCAAACAAAAUGAGAUUACUGCAAUGCUGAUUAAGCAGCAGAGACAGUCACUUUUACCACCCAUACAAGUACCAGUUUUUGAUGGUGAUCCCCUGCAAUUCAGAUCCUUUAUCAAAGCAUUUGAACAAGGCAUUGAGAGCAAGACAGAUGAUAUGCAGGUUAAGCUUUAUUAUUUAGAGCAAUUCACAUCUGGGCAGCCCAGAAAGCUGGUGCAGAGCUGCAUGCAUAUGAGCCCACAAACUGCAUUCGGAGAGGCUAAAAAGCAGUUGGAGUGGAACUUCGGAAGCAAAGUGAAAGUUACAGCUGCAUUUCUGAACAAGGCAUUGGAUUGGCCAGCCCUGAAAGCAGAUGACGGCGUAGGUGUAGCAUUAAGAUCAUACACAUUUUUCCUAAGAACCAGUUAUAACACAACGGAGGACGCCGGAUAUUUGGACGAAAUGGAAAACUCCUCACACAUGAAGGUGUUCGUCUCCAAGCUGCCGUUCAGGAUGCGUGAGUCCUGGAGGAUGAAAGUGUGCAGCAUCAGAGAGGAGCAAAAACGGAGAGUGAAAUUCAAAGACCUACUGGACUUCCUGGAAAGGCAAGUGAGAGCUGCAAUGGACCCCGUCUUCUGUGAAAUUCAAAAUACAAGAGCAAAAGCCACAACACCACCAACCCCCAAGUCAAUUGGAAAAGCCAAAGGCAGCAGCUUCGCCACCUCUGUUGCUCAGGUGCCACACCAGAGUGACACGCCCAACGCUGGAAAUGCAGGCAAAAUUCAGUGCUUGUUUUGCAAUGACGGCCACAUACUUGACAAGUGCACAACAUUCAAAAAGAAACCAAACAAAGACAAAAUUACGUUUUUACAGAGCAAAGGCGUGUGCUUUGGAUGCUUAGUACAAGGUCACUUAAGCAGGAACUGUCAAGAAAGGCUGACAUGCCGCACCUGCAGUAUGAAUCAUCCAACAGUUCUGCACAUCGAACCAAAACCUCAGAACACCCCAGCCGACCAUGAAACACAAACGGUCUCCAACGCACUUGUGUCCUUGGACUCUGAAGGUGAUACUGGGGUCGGUUCUAAAGAAUGCUCGCUGUCUGUUCUACCUGUCAAAGUCAGACUAAACAAAAGCACAAAAGUAAUCGAAACAUACGCUUUCUUGGACCCAGGCAGCUCAGCCACAUUCUGUACCGAGUCAUUAAUGACUCAGCUGAACGCACCUGGACAAAAAAUGGACAUACUGCUGAAGACGAUGGGGCAGGAGAAGUAUGUGAGUAGUCAUAAGAUCUCUGGCUUGGAAGUAGCUGCCUUAAAUGACAACAAAUUCUUGAGACUGCCAGAUGUGUACACUCAAAAGUCAAUCCCUGUCACGAAAGACAACAUACCCAAAGAAGAAGACCUUAAAAAAUGGCCUUACUUACAAGAAGUGGAACUGACGCCCAUCAAUGCAAGUAUUGGACUGCUGAUUGGUGCAAACGCACCUAAAGCACUGGAACCAUGGAAAAUAGUCAACAGUGAAGGUAAUGGACCCUACGCUGUCCAGACUCGUCUUGGAUGGGUCAUCAACGGCCCACUUGGACAAGAAGAUAGCGACGACAGCGAUACAGCUUCCGUACAGGUGAAUCGCAUCUCAUUAGGAAAAUUGGAAGAAAUGUUGAUUAAGCAGUAUAAUCAAGAUUUUGUCGAACAGCACUGUGACGAACACGCUGAAUUGUCUGUGGAGGACAAACAGUUUAUGGAAAUACUGUCAAGUGUGAGCUCCAUUUACGACCCACUAGGGUUCUUAAGCCCGGUGAUACUCCCCGCAAAGCAGAUUCUGCAGCAGCUGUGCAAGUUGAAGCUGGCGUGGGAUGAGGCAAUACCACCAGAGAUGGCACAAACAUGGCAAAGGUGGGUGGAUGAUUUGAUUCUGUUACACUCAUUCAGUGUCAGAAGAUGCUUCACACCUAGUGAAUAUGGAAAUGUAGAAAUGGCACAGCUGCAUCACUUUUGUGAUGCCAGCGAAGUUGGAUUCGGUGCCGUAUCAUACUUACGGCUAACUAACAGCGAGAAGGAAGUGUGUGUUGCUUUUGUUAUAGGCAAAGCAAGGGUGGCUCCACUCAAUCACGUCACCAUACCUCGCCUGGAACUGGCCGCAGCAGUCGUUGCUGUGCGCCUGGACAAGAUGCUGUCAAAACAGUUGGAGCUCAACCUCAGUGAGUCAGUCUUUUGGUCCAACAGCAUGACCGUCCUAAAAUACAUUGCAAACACCACCACUCGCUUUAAGACCUAUGUAGCCAAUAGAGUUUCCAUCAUAAGUUCACUGUCUAAUGUCGGUCAGUGGAGACAUGUUGGCUCUAAGAUGAAUCCUGCAGACGCAGCUUCGCGAGGCAUGAAAGUUGGAGCCUUCCUGAAGUCCUCAAACUGGAUCACUGGUCCUGACUUUCUCGGAAAAACCGAGCGUGAGUGGCCAGCAAGCGUGGACAAAGCAUCCCUGCAUCCGGACGCUGACCCAGAAGUGAGAGAGGAGGUCCUUUCCUUCGCUGCACAGGCGGAAGAAGUAUGUCCCACCACUAAACUGCUGCUGCACUUCUCUAGUUGGACAAGGCUCAAGAGAGCCGUGGCAUGGAUUAUGAAACUGAAAGAAAAGCUAAGGCUAAAGAUAAAAGAAAAUGCACAAUGUGGAGAUCAAACUCCUGUCAAACAGGUAAAGAAAACAAACUACUUACCACUCACAGUCGAUGACCUGCUCUUAGCAGAGGAGGCAAUAGUGCGCUUUGUGCAAAAGAAACAUUACUCCAGCGAAUUGGCUGCACUGAAAUCAGGUGGUGUAAAGAAAUCCAGUCAACUGUACAAACUUGACCCCAUUGCUAUUGAUGAUGUAUUGAGAGUUGGUGGUAGGCUGAGCAGGUCCGCUCUACCUGUGGAAACAAAACACCCUGCAAUACUACCAAAAGAAAGUCACGUCUCAAAGCUCAUUCUUCAACAUGUACACAAUAAAGUUGGUCACAGGGGAAGAAAUCAUAUGCUCUCAACCCUACGACGACAGUACUGGAUUCCUCAUGCAAAUGCAGCAGCCAGAAAGAUCAUCAGUGAGUGUGUGAUAUGCCUAAAGCAGCGCCAAAGACCAGGUGAGCAGAAAAUGUCUGACCUGCCUGUUGACAGAGUCACAGCUGAUGCCCCACCAUUCACACAUGUGGGCCUAGAUUAUUUUGGGCCAAUAGAAGUUAAGAAAGGCAGAAGCCUAGUUAAAAGAUAUGGAGCACUUUUUACUUGCCUAACCUGUCGCGCAGUACACCUGGAGGUGGCGCAUUCCCUCAAUACAGAUUCCUGUAUAAACGCCAUCAGGAGGUUUAUCUGCCGCAGAGGCCAAGUCAAAGAAAUCCGGACGGAUAAUGGAACCAACUUCGUCAGCACAAACCGUUUAUUCAAGAAGGAUGACCUGUACGCUCGGAGACGCUGGAGGCAAGUGCAAUACAUCGCCGACCUCUUCUGGAAGAGGUGGACGACCGAGUACCUCCCUCAACUGCAAGAGCGGCAGAAGUGGAACAAAGUUCACAGAAACUUCACAGUUGGUGACAUCGUGCUCGUGGUGGAAGAGUCCGCACCCAGAGGUGCGUGGCCCAUUGGGCGCAUCACCGACACCAUGGCAGACUCCAAAGGGUGCGUUCGACGGGUCCGUGUCAAGACACAGACCAACGAGUUGGAAAAGCCCAUCACCAAGAUCUGCCUCCUGGUGGGGGUAGUUUAAGGGGCAACAGUGAAUGUUCGCCUCCAACGGAGUCAUGUUCUUGAACCUCUGACUCUACACAUCUACAGAUGCUCACUUACUGAUUUAGUCCGUGAUGCAAUAGGCGUCACAACCUUUAUGCUGAAAACAUGCACACAGUCCAUAAGCACACAGAACACAUGCACACAGACCAUUGCAUACACUUGAAGCCUUUUUUUUCCCUUUCAAGAAGAAGAAUUUUUGUUGUUUACGGACCGAAAACCAUUCGUAAAUGCACUUGAGUAUGAACUUUAAUAACAAUGCAAAAAAAACCACAAAAAAGAAAAAAAAAGGAAAGCAAAUAGCAUUGAAUUGUAUGUAAGCUUACAUUUUUCACCGUACUUGUAAUGGCCAUUCACUUGUAUAUAUUGUAUAUAGAUUUAUAAUUACUUGUUGUUCAAGAAUUAGGGGCCGGAAUGUAAUGGCCGUUUCUGUUUUUUGUUAAGCUCACUUCGACCCGUGAUUUGUAUACGCCUACCUAGGCACAGGCGCAGGUGAUUUUAGGUCACGCCCACCGCUCUAGCAUAGUUGGAAAGUAAUGUCGGGCGGCGUGGCAUGUUUUGGGCAAGAUAAAAAGAUUUUACCACACACCUAAUACAAGCAUUUUGGAUUAUGGAAAUAGAAAACAUUUGUUAGAACUUCAUGCAAAGAAGACCAUUGGAAUAAACAGAACUCUAUUUUGGAAA